AUGGCAAAACUCCCUCCAAUCGUCGUACUUUUCCUAUUUGUCAUUGUUGAUCAAUCAUUCUCGUUACGAAUUCUUAACAAUCAUCACUAUCGCCAUCGCAAAAUCACUUUCAUCAUGCAAAAUGUGUUCAAUGUGUCAGAACCCUCAUCCAAAUCUGUAACUACUAAAGUCGCAGGCCAUCACCUGCCAUUUCUAAAACCAUUAGGUUUCUUCCCUCCAAAAGGAGGAAUUCCUAUACCAGAAUCACUCCCCACGAGUUCAACCAUUGGAGAAUCAUCCCAAGCAGUUGAUAUCUCGGACAUUGGCCUCAACUUUCCAGCUAGAGCUACUCUUGAGGAGUUGGAAUUGGGAACAUUUACAAGUAUUGAUGAGGACUUGUUCAAAAUCUCAACAAAUGGGGGGAAAAAACUGUUCGGCAAAGCACACGGGGUGUAUGUUGCUAGUCCAGGGAAUGGAACUGGCUAUAUGAUGGCAGUUACAGCAUUUUUGGGCCCAGGAGAGUUCCCGGAUGGAUUGAGACUUUUCGGGGUGUAUAGGGCUCAAGAAGCUGAGUCUCAUGUGGCUGUUAUUGGCGGCACCGGAAAGUAUAAUUGUGCCAAUGGCUACGCAAGUGUUAAAGCUUUUGAACUCCAGGGAGCCAACAAGCUCCUGUUAUUCACAGUUUAUCUGAGUUUGUAA